AUGUCGUCUCCCUCGAGCUCGCCAGCGGCUCCUCGAAAACCUGCAUCGCCGGAGCAGUCGCGCAGUAAGAAUGAUGGAUUAGGCGACAGCGGAAAGGCACCGGGUGCCUCCAAACAGCCAGAACCGCCCCGCGCCGAGCCCAGCAAGGACUCUGUAGACGAGACUCCCGCAGCAGCCACCGCAGACUCAGAACCCGCGCCUCCGCUCCCAGCUGAAGAUGUUCCGGGCCAACCUCCCCUGCCGAACGAAGCCGUCCCAGAUGGACCUCCAUUACCUAGUGAACCUGUGCCUCAGGCGGAAGACGAUGGAUGGGAUUUUCAAUGGGACGCGAACACGUCGGCCUGGUUCUUCUAUAAUCGCUUCACGGGAAAGACUCAGUGGGAUAACCCACGCGUUCCGGACCAGAAUGCGACGCAGGCUGCCAGCGAGCCUCGGCCUCCCACCUCAGAGGCACCCGUAGCAGGUGGCUAUAACCCGGCGAUCCAUGGUGACUACGACCCGAAUGCGUGGUACGCAAAGGGAUACCAGGCAGAGGACGAGGAUGAGAGCCUCGGUGCCGCUGUCCCCAAUUUGGCAGAUCCUUAUGGCUCAACUGGCAACUUCAACCGCUUCACUGGACAAUUCCAAUCUGACGAGGCGGGCCCCAACAGGCAUUCUGAUGAGGCCAAGUCCAGACGGCAGAUGAAUGCCUUCUUCGAUGUCGAUGCUGCGGCAAACGCCCAUGAUGGACGCAGUUUGAAGGCUGAGCGAUCCAACAAAAAACCUUCAAAGUCGGAGCUCAAGGCGUUCAAGGAGAAAAGAAAGGCCAGGAAAGAAGAGAAGCGCAGAGCCUGGCUGCGGGAUUAG